CCUCGAAUUAACAGGAAUUUUCGACGUGAUACUAUACCCUAACUCUUAAUGAGCGAACCUUAGGUCCUAGUUAUCUAAAUCAUAAAUAUAAACCCUAAGAUGGUGCAUUCAUUUUUUUGCCUAUAUUUGGGCGAAUCAUAACCGUCGAUUAUUGUUUUCAAUUAAAUUGAUCUUGGGGUAUAUGAUUUAUAGAAUUAAGACAUAGAUUGUGAUCUUUAAGGGUUAGAGUAUAGUAUCAUGUCCGAAAAUUCAAUCAAUUUAAGGUCUAGAUAACGUUUUCAUACUCGAGGUAUGUGGUACCCUAGAUUUCAUGCUGUCGAUAUUGAUUUGGCCAACGAUAAAUAAUUUUUGUAAUUCCACUGUCGAUACUAACAAAGUCCAUAUUACUUGUGAAUUUACUUAAUAUUCAUAAGAGCUAAUUUCUUACAUCCAUCAAGAGUUUCUUGCCAUUUAAAAACACGAAAUAUGUGGGGUCGUUCAAUUAACACAAACAACACAAAGAAAGAAGCAAUGUUUGUAAGACCAUACCGUACCGAACUUCAUAGCGAAAAAACUACUUAUUAGAUCUCAAGCAAAUAGGUCGUUAGUAAGCGAUUUUACCAAUAUAAAUCGAUUGAGCCAUAAUUAAAUCAUAAUUUCAAUACAAAAUAUCCUAUUAUCCAACUUUUCUAGUACGAUGUCCGAUUCGAUUUUACCAGGAGCAAAGGAAAGAUGGGAAGGGCUCUUAAUCUGGGGGGUAUGAAAUGAAAUCAGAGGACUGAGAGCCAAAAAGGCCUAUUUAAGGAGUAGACCUCCUGCAAAACCAUAAUUGUAAACAUCUCAAACUCAAACCAUCCCCCAAAAGAAAAGAAGAAGAAGAAAAAAAAAAAGCAUAUAAGGAGCUGCUGCCACCCAGCUUCCCUCUUCCCCUGCCUUAAACCUCUGCUCUUCUUCCCCUUUCCUUCCCCUGCCUUGCCAAGUAAAGAAUCCUUCCUUCCCCUUCUUAAUAAUAGUUUCUUCUGUUCCUAACCAACAAGAAGCUCCCCUCCCACUUUCUGCCUUCUUCCUUAUUUAAACUCUUCCUUCCCUUCCCUUCAAAUCAAAAUCCUUCCUUUUGCUUCUGCUUGCCAUAAAUACAUACAGAACUCUAUAAAGCUAGCUCCUUUAAGCCCUUAUUGUGUGUUGUUCACCUUUCCUGUUAACCCCCUUUUUCCCUUUUUUCCCCUCACCUUCAAAGAUCUUUGCCCAGCUUUCCCUGUUUGCUGCACAAGUUCUCUAGCUCAUUUGUGGGUGACUUUUCUUUUGAGAAGCUAUUCGAAGUUUGAGAGCUUGCAUUGGACAAAAGAGAGAAUCAAAAGAUGGGUAUUUCAGGAACUUUGGAGUAUUUGUCAGACUUGAUGGCAAGUUCAGGCCAUAAACACAAGAAGAGGAAGCAAAUGCAGACUGUAGAGCUCAAGGUCAGGAUGGAUUGUGAUGGGUGUGAGCUCAAGGUCAAGAAUGCCCUUUCCUCAUUAAGUGGAGUGAAGAGCGUGGAGAUAAACAGGAAGCAGCAGAAGGUGACAGUAACUGGUUUUGCAGAGCCACAGAAGGUGCUGAAGAAGGCCAAAUCGACAGGGAAAAGGGCAGAGAUAUGGCCCUAUGUGCCCUACAACUUAGUGGCACAGCCAUACGUUGCUGGUACUUAUGACAAGAAAGCCCCUCCUGGUUAUGUGAGGAAGGUCGAUCAGCCUGCUGCAACUUCAACCGUCACCAGAUAUGAAGACCCUUACACCUCCAUGUUCAGUGAUGACAACCCAAAUGCUUGCUCCAUCAUGUAACAACAGUCAACUGAUACUACUACUACUACUGAUGAUCUCUACCUUUUGUGAAUUCUGGUUCCAACCAAGUUGUAGCUUUUGUAGUACUAGAGAGAGAGAGAGAGAGAGAGAGAGAGAGAGGCUUAAGUUUUUUCUUUUGGUUUGUUCUUGUUCAGUGUGUGGUUUUGGUAGUACUGUGAUGGAGACAUUUUGAUUUUAAUGUUCCUAUGUGAGUCCUUACUAUUAUAUAACAAGAGGGUACAUUUUUUUCUCUUUUCCUUCUGCAAAUUGUAUGGUGUCAUGACUUCAUAUUUUUUCCUGGGGGAUUCUCUGUUUAUGAAUGAUUGUGGAAUCGUAUUAUACGUACUGGAAAAGUCAGCAGUAGAGUAUUUUAUACUAAACUCGUGGUUCAACCGUUUCCGAUUUCUAAAACCGUCUAUCUAUUUAGUUUCGGUAUUCGAUAUUUCUGGUCUGCCCGGCUUAUUAUAUAAUAGGGUUUCUUAAAUAUGACUGUUAGGAGGAGCUAGCAUUGGAUGGGGAAAAGGAGGAAGAACAAAAGGGAAACAGUGGUUUGUUUCUUUGGGAUGUUGGAAAUGAAAACAUGAACAGAAGAAAAGAAAACUGACAUCACCAGAGGGGAAAUGGUUCUGUUUCACAGUUUCAGUGUGGGUUUCUGUUCUGAGGGAGAAAAGGGGAAACAUGGCCAAUAUAAGAAAGCAAUGAGCAAAUGAUACAAACCAAGAGAUUUUGUGAAGAUCCCAAGUGAGGGAAUAUAUAAUAAUACAAUUGAAUGGGUCAAAUCAUAAUAUAUGUUGUUUUUGUUGCCUAUGUGCUUUAGGUUGGAGGAGGAGCCUUUGCCAUGUUGAGAAAAGAGGUCAUUUUGUGCUUCUUUUAUUAUAGGCCAGCAGCAUUUUGUUGAGUUGUGAAUGAAAUGAUGCAUGAUAUGACAAUGUCCUGCAUAGCAAUACAUUUCCAUGACUGUUGUUUUUCAUCACUAAAUUGAACACAUAUGUAUUCAGCGUCACAUUGUAUGUAUAUAUAUGUGUCGACGAAAUACUCUUUUAGAUUAACAACUAGACUUGGUGAUAAAAAAAUCCUCUUGCUCUUCUAUUUUAUACUCGACUCUAUUUGAAUUAACUUGUCACGACCAGUUUUUACCAUAAAAGCUAAGAACAAUCUGGGGAAAAAAGGGUUACAUUUUGGCGCUUUAAUUUUGAAAUCACAAGAUUCCAAAUCUUGAUCCCAAUAAUAAAGGGGAAAUGGCCAAGGGGCAAAAUAAAUUCCUUUCUACCAUGGGAAACAAAAACAAAAGGCACCAUGUCACCAACACUUCUCUUUUCUUUCCUUACCCUCUCCACUCACCCCAACCAAAGAAGAUGGGCCAAUUCCAGAAAUGCACACUAAACUUUGGUGCCACUAACAAAUUGAUCAUCAAAGUUGUAGUUCUAACGAAGUAAUAAGUAUAAGUGAAAUUU